AUGGCGCUUCGUUUCGAGAUUCUUGGGAGGUUUAAUCGUGCUCGUGCUGCUCGAUUGACGCUUCCCCACUUUGUAUGCCAGACUCCUCUGUUUAUGCCUGUAGGCACACAAGGGACAAUUAAAGGUUUGACCACUAACCAGCUUGAAGAGAUUGGCUGUCAAAUAAUUCUUGGAAAUACAUAUCAUUUGGCCCUCCGUCCUACAUCUGAGCUUAUUGAUGAAUUAGGGGGUCUUCAUAAAUUUAUGAACUGGCCUAGAGCUUUGCUUACUGACUCCGGUGGCUUCCAAAUGGUAUCAUUAUUACAUUUAGCAGAUAUUACUGAAAAAGGUGUUACGUUUCAGUCGCCAGUUGAUGGAAAGCCUAUGCUUCUAACACCUGAGGAAUCGAUUCAAAUCCAAAACAGAAUUGGAGCAGAUAUUAUUAUGGCUCUUGAUGAUGUAGUAAAAACCACCAUUACUGGUCCACGGAUUGAGGAGGCCAUGUAUCGCACUCUCCGAUGGAUAGACAGAUGUAUCGCAGCUCACAAGAGGCCGAAUGAGCAAAAUUUAUUUGGCAUUGUUCAAGGUGGUCUGGAUCCUGUACUAAGGGAUGUAUGUGUUAGACACUUGGUGGAGAGGAAUUUACCUGGCUAUGCUAUCGGUGGUCUUGCAGGCGGUGAAGAUAAAGAUUCAUUUUGGCGAGUUGUUGCUCUGUGUACUGCUUUGUUGCCUGAAGAUAAACCACGAUAUGUGAUGGGUGUUGGUUAUCCACUGGACAUUGUUGUUUGUAGUGCUUUAGGUGCUGACAUGUAUGACUGUGUUUAUCCCACUCGUACUGCUCGUUUUGGCACAGCUCUUGUACCAGAGGGAGUGCUGAAACUUAAACACAAAGCAAUGGCUGAGGAUACUCGUCCCAUUGAUCCAACAUGUGCUUGCAUGGUUUGUAAGAAUUAUACUAGGGCAUACAUUCAUUGUCUUGUUACAAAAGAUGCUAUGGGAUCACAGCUUCUGUCAUAUCACAAUCUGUAUUACAUGAUGCAGUUUCCUAAAGGUGAUGUCCCUGAAUGGGUCUGCAAUGCCAUGGAGGUUGCCGGAAUCAAAAUCUCAUCCUGCUGUGCUUCAUUCUCUUCCUCCCCUGAUUUAGAAUUAGAAAAGGAUGCACCAACCAAGAAAUUUGAUGAUGAUGAGGUAGCAUUUGACAGUAAUUAA